AUGUAUGAACAUAUUCCAGAUAGUCAUGAAACUAGGGAAGGUGGAAAUAUAAAAAUACAUUUAAAAUUUAAAAAAUUUUUAGGACAACAAAUUGGUUAUUAUCAAUGGGUUCCUUUUAUUUUAAUUGCCCAAGCUUUAGCUUUUUCUUUGCCUUGCAUUCUUUGGAGGUUAUUAAAUUGGCAAAAUGGUACGAACAUCCACCAUCUUAUUUCCGCAGCGGAAGGUGCUAGAACUGUUUUGGACCAAAACGAACGAGAAAAGGUUUUUCAUGCCUUGGCAUUAACAUUUACGGAAAUGAUUGAUUUGAGAGAAGUGAGUGGAAUAUUAAUUUUAUUAAAAUAA